UCGCCCAGUGCCCAUGUGCGGGCGGGCGGCCGGGACAUGCUCACUGGGCGAGCUCCCGCACCGCGCCGCGGCGACCGCACAUGCUCACUGGCCGCGGAGGGCACCGGCGGAGGUUUCUCUGAAGAUUAAUCUUCAAGAUGAAGUUCUUACUAGCCGUUUUAUUUUUCAUCUCAUUCUCUUUAUGCGUUGAAGAGGUCUAUUCCAAAGAGAAGUCUUCAAAGAAAGGAAAGGGGAAAAAGAAGCAAUAUCUAUGUCCAUCCCAGCAAUCAGCUGAAGACCUUGCAAGAGUACCUGCUAAUUCUACCAGCAAUAUCUUGAAUCGGCUAUUACUCAGUUAUGAUCCCAGGAUAAGGCCUAAUUUCAAAGGAAUUCCAGUUGAUGUUGCAGUCAACAUCUUCAUUAACAGCUUUGGGUCAAUUCAAGAGACAACUAUGGAUUAUAGAGUCAACAUCUUUCUAAGACAGAAGUGGAAUGACCCCAGACUCAAACUGCCCAACGACUGGAGAGGUUCAGAUACGCUGACAGUGGACCCAACUAUGUUCAAAUGUCUUUGGAAGCCAGACUUAUUCUUUGCAAAUGAAAAAAAUGCUAACUUCCAUGAUGUCACCCAAGAAAAUAUCCUUCUUUUUAUAUUUCGGGAUGGAGAUGUCCUAGUCAGCAUGAGAUUGUCUAUUACUCUGUCAUGCCCUUUGGACUUGACCUUGUUUCCUAUGGAUACACAGCGCUGCAAGAUGCAAUUGGAAAGCUUUGGCUACACAACUGAUGACUUACGGUUUAUCUGGCAGUCUGGAGAUCCUGUACAGCUAGAGAAAAUCGCUCUGCCUCAGUUUGAUAUUAAAAAGGAGGAUAUUGAAUAUGGUAACUGUACCAAGUAUUACAAAGGCACAGGUUAUUACACUUGUGUAGAAGUAAUCUUCACUUUAAGAAGACAAGUUGGAUUUUACAUGAUGGGUGUUUAUGCUCCUACACUGCUAAUUGUUGUUCUAUCCUGGCUGUCAUUUUGGAUCAAUCCCGAUGCAAGUGCUGCAAGAGUCCCACUGGGUAUUUUCUCAGUGCUCAGCUUGGCGUCUGAAUGUACCACUCUUGCUGCUGAACUUCCCAAAGUGUCUUACGUGAAGGCCUUAGAUGUCUGGCUGAUUGUUUGCCUUCUCUUUGGGUUUGCAUCCCUGGUGGAGUAUGCGGUGGUUCAGGUAAUGCUAAACAAUCCAAAGAGAAUUGAAGCCGAAAAAGCAAAGAUUGCCAGGGCGGAGCAAGCGGAAGGGAAGGGUGGAAAUGCUGCCAAGAAGAACACUGUGAAUGGCACAGGGACUCCUGUCCACAUCAGCACCUUACAGGUUGGUGAGACCAGAUGCAAAAAAGUUUGCACUUCGAAAUCUGAUCUGAGAUCCAAUGAUUUCAGCAUUGUUGGAAGCUUGCCAAGGGAUUUUGAGUUAUCGAAUUAUGACUGUUACGGGAAGCCCAUUGAAGUCAACAAUGGGCUCGGGAAAUCUCAAGCCAAGAACAACAAGAAGCCUCCUCCUCCCAAGCCUGUCAUUCCAUCAGCAGCAAAGAGAAUUGAUCUUUAUGCAAGAGCACUGUUCCCUUUUUGCUUCUUGUUCUUCAAUGUCAUAUACUGGUCCAUCUAUUUAUGAUAGAUCUUUUAUUUAUUUUUUCAUAAAUGUAAAAUAUAUCCCAUUUCAUUACCCCUUCCAAGUCAUGAAGGCCACUGUGUGAAAUUAUUUGCCUUUGCAAAGCAGUAUGUUGCAUUUUGAUGCCAUGCAGUUGUACUGAACAUACGGCAUCUGAAAUUUGAAUGAACGCAUGACACCGCAAUGUCUGUGCUCUGACCAGCGUUGUAUAUAAGUGUACAGCAUACAUCCUGCUUUAGGAAUAUAUAUGAAGGACAAUGCAUACUACAUUAUAAAGCUGAAUAACGCUCUUCAGUUAUUAGUAACAUACAGAGAUUUAAAGUGUUUCUGACAAUGAAACUGAUGUGCACGUUGAGUAUUAUUAAAAUCAGUAUUCUAGUGUAUGUAGUAUUUAACAGCUUUUCUGCUGACAUCCAGAGGAAAAAGAAAAACCCAAACAUCUUGUUUUUGUGUAAUUUUAGGUGGCACUGCUGAAGAAAAAGCUAAGAUGUAAUUCAUAUUAUUUAGACUUUGUAAGUGAAGGCAACAUUGAAUAAGCUGAUCUUGUCUAUGUGGAAAAAUAAAGAUCAGAGAAUUACUAAUUUUGUAAAAUCAGCUCAUUUAGAAAAAAAAAAAUUAAAAAAAAAAGACAAUUGUAUCCAUCAAGCAGACACACUUAAGUGUGUGAGAACAUGCUGACUGUAAAACCUGGGGCCAGAUUUUGACUGCUGUUUCCUUGGGCACAUACAAUAUGUCAAAAACAAACAGACCCCUUUCUAAACUGAAGGUAUCAGGAGUUUUAGAGAAAGAUGACAAGAUGCAGUUCAGUCUCAGAUUAUGUUAUACUUUUUUGCAUUACUCUCUCCUCUGGCUCAUCUUCUGUAGCAUCUGGCGAGCCUGCAGUAUACAAGUCACAUUUUUUCUGCUGUUGAGUUCAGAUACACCUUACUCUGUUUGUUCUGUUUGUCCCCUUGAAAGCUUUCAGUUCAAACAAACCAAUUGUUGUCAGGAUGAAAUCCCAUUUUUAUCACUAGUUACACUUUUUUUGUUUGCCUGUUGCCUGCACAGAUGGCCAAAGCUAACACCUCGCCACCAGUAGAAGUGAAGACAUGUCCAAAGGUCUGAGGGGAUGAGACUCUUAAAUACAUCAUGAGCCUUGUGCCUGUGUGUUAGUUAAUGCUUGCCCUCACAAACUCACUGAUUUGGCUGCUGCUUUUUGGAGAGUAAGGUCCUACAUGUGGAACAGUUCUGAUAGGAGAAUGUUCUCCAUUUUCUGGAGGAAACCCUAUAACACGGGGGCUACCUAAACACGUGUAGGGCAGGACUUGUGGUCUCCUGUGGGUGCCAGGGUACAUCCCUUUGUAAGAGCGAGUCGUGAGGUGAAAAACAGCCAAAAGAAAGCUGCUUGUACACAGGUGUCCGAGCGGUGUGUGUUCCCUGGGAACACGCAGGGACUGGGCCUCAGGUCUCCAGAGUGUGCCGUAGCGAAGCGUGUCUCCGCCUGUAAAUCUGGGACACUGCGGUUAUUUAAAAUGUGAAAAUAAGACAGUUCCUGCUAACCUGGCAAUUCACAAAAGGAAUUAUUGGCUCCUCAUGGGCUAGGAAGGAACUGAAUUAAACACGUGAAACCUUCCGUAGUGCGGAAUCAGGCACAAUUGCACUUGUUGUGCUACAUUUCUCGCCGGUCCGGGGUGUGCUGAGCCCAUGCAGGCCCCAAGUGGGCUGUUGGAUCACUUGGGGAUUGCCCACCACGUGAGUGUUACCCGCAUGUGGCAAGGCCGCACAACCAGAAGGUCAAAAGCAUGGACAUAAAAAGAGAGAAGCAUGCCACGCUGGCUUCGCUGGGCGUCUGGCGGAUGUGCCUGUGCCCAGGGAGUUUUCUAACCACUGCCGCUCUGUGAUCAACAGCCCGGCGGCAACUGUUCGUGUUUAGGUCGCAGACAUCUGCCCUUCAGAACACGGCCACACACCUUGCACCGGCUCCCUGGCCACUUCCUCGUGGAGAUUGCAGGGAGCCACUUUACCGGGUGGCCACAGUUUGUCCUUUGGAUUUUUUUCUGAUCUGGGGAAACAGAAGGGAAAUCCAAGAUGUUACUGAGCCAGGCUGAAAUGGGGUGGGAAUGCUAUCUUUAAGGUCUAGUUCAAAGUUUCAAUAUUUCUGUCUGUUGAAGGUAUUUGAAGAAUUGUCAGAGACUCUAAGAAGCAAUAA